AGUUGGCCAGUUGUGAAGACGCACCUCAUAUCAAGGAGAGAUCAAAUCUUCGCUUUCUUUAUCAGUUUUGAAGACUGAAGAGCACAUCAGACUGUAAACAAAAUGGAACCAGAUAUUGAACCUGUGAUUUUGGGAAACUCAAAAUUCUCCAUUGACAUGUUAAAAGUGCUCUGUAAGGGCAACACAGACAAUGUGUUGUUCUCACCCCUGAGCAUCUCCUCUGCAUUGGGCCUGGUCCUCCUGGGUGCCAAUGGCAAAACUGCCGAUCAGAUGUAUAAGACGCUCCACUUUGACCAUAUAAGAAUUAUAUACCACGAUCUGUAUGAGGCGCUCUACAAAGGAGGGAAGUACAGAAGCCUGCAGCUCGUUAAUCGCAUGUUUGGAGAAAGCACAUUAAACUUUUAUGAUGAUUUCCUAGACAAUUGUGAGGAGUGGUGUUUUGCCAGCGUGAGGAAUGUUGACUUCAAGACAAAUCCUGAUGCUGCGAGAGAAAAAAUCAACACCUGGGUGGAGAAGAAGACCAGGGAUCAAAUUAAGAAUUUGUUGGAUCAAGGAGAUGUUUCUAAGGACACGAGUCUUGCUCUAGUCAGCGCGGUGUACUUCAGGGAUAAGUGGGGCAAGUCUUUCACACGUGUUCCUGCCACCAAGGAGAAAAGAGUAAACUGGCAAAUGAUGCGUCAGACGAACAAGUUUCCUCUGGGUAACAUCCCACACAUGCAACAACAACUUCCCACUGAAGCUCGGAUUCUGGAGAUCCCUUAUAGGAAUAAAGAUCUGAGCAUGCUCAUUAUACUCCCAAACAAGAAAGAUGGGCUACAAAAGUUGGUAGAAUCGAUCACUUAUGAGAAGCUUCAGGAGUGGACUGAGCCGGACAACAUGUUUCCCACAGAGGUGACUGUUGAAAUACCCAUCUUUAAGAUGCAGGAGAAAUAUGAUCUGGAGGAGGCCCUGAAGGCUCUGGGCACAACUGAUGUGUUUGGUGAUAAGUGUGACUUAUCUGGCAUGGCGCCUGGACCGCUGAAGCUGUCCAAAGUGGUGCACAAGUCUUUUGUGGAGGUGAAUGAAAAAGGCACAGAAGCAGAAGGAGGCAGUGGUGGAGUGAUGAAGUCAUUUGCUAAAAGUAAAAGCCCAGAGAGUUUCGUGGCAGACCACCCCUUCUUAUUCUUCAUCCGACACAACCUCACCAAGAGCAUCAUCUUCUGGGGUCGCUUCAUCUCCCCAUGACCUGAAUCUGAACCACAGAGCAGGGCAGACAGUACAACAGUGUGAUCUGUCAUAUUGAAAUAUACAGUACGCAGUGAUUAUAUUGCAUGAAUCUUCAUUUAAAAUUUAUUUGCUUGGAACGUAUGCUUUAAACAAAACUCUGAAUACACAAAAUGUUCAAGUAUUUAAAAUGAAAAACUAUAAAUAAAGGAAAUCAGGCAGAA